UAUUGUCCAAUCUCAUCAACUCCGACCCCACAUUCCUCUUUCUCUCUCCUACUUCGACAACCAUAGCCCACCUCCCAAUUCCUUUCCUUCCUUCUUAACACACACACAUUCACUCUCUCUCCUCUCUUCCCUUCCACCCUACUCAAGAUCCAUAACACCCAUUUAAAGCAAUCAAUUCAAUUCUCAGUUAAUCAAUCAUUUUCUCUCUCUUCCUUUUUAAUUCAUCUAUCCAACCUCACAACUUAUUGUAUCAUUGCUAGUGAAGAUGUCGGCAUGGAAGGUGUCGGCGGUGGUGUUGGCGGUGGUGUUAAUGACGGGGUUAGCGAUGGCGGAUAUGUCGGAAGAGACGAAGGUGAAGAAGGUGAAGGGGAAGAAGGUUUGUACCAGAGGAUGGGAGUGUACUACUUGGUCUAAGUAUUGUUGUAAUGAGACAAUUUCGGAUUUCUUUCAGACUUACCAAUUUGAGAAUUUGUUUGCUAAAAGGAAUCUUCCAGAAGCUCAUGCUGCUUAUUUCUGGGAUUAUCAAUCUUUUAUUACUGCUUCUUCUUUGUUUCAACAUCUUGGGUUUUGUACUACUGGUGGUAAACUUAUGGGUAUGAAGGAGCUUGCUGCUUUUCUUGGUCAUGUCGGCAGCAAAACUUCAUGCGGCUAUGGAGUUGCCACUGGUGGACCAUUUGCUUGGGGACUUUGCUAUAAAAGGGAAAUGAGCCCAAGCCAAUCGUACUGUGAUGACAGUUACAAGUAUACUUACCCCUGCGCACCUGGCGCUGAAUACUACGGCCGAGGGGCUAUUCCCAUUUAUUGGAACUACAACUAUGGAGCUGCUGGUGAGGCACUAAAGGAGGAUUUGCUAAAUCAUCCAGAGUUCAUCGAGCAGAAUGCUACACUUGCCUUCACAGCUGCAAUAUGGAGGUGGAUGACACCAUUGAAGAAGGGACAACCGUCAGCACACCAGGCUUUUGUUGGUGAUUGGAAGCCUACCAAGAACGAUACUUUGUCUAAGCGUGUCCCUGGCUUUGGAGCCACCAUGAAUUUAUUGUAUGGAGAUGGUGUUUGUGGGAAGGGUGAUGUCGAUGAUAUGAACAACAUCAUGUCUCACUACCUUUACUACCUUGACUUGUUGGGCGUUGGCCGAGAAGAAGCAGGGCCCAGUGAAACGCUCACCUGUGCUGAACAAGUUCCUUUUAACCCAUCGAAUCCUGGGAGCUCCUCCUCUUGAGUGUUGGCAGAUACUAUGCUUGUUAUUGUAUUCUUUUUGGAAUCGAUUCUCUGCAGAAUCCAUUGAUAUCAAUAAGCUAAGGGUCAUUCUUGAUGUCAUUGUUACUUGUAAGGUGGUGCAUUUUUAUUAUUCGUUUAAUAUGAAGUAGUCUGUUCAAGUUUGAAAUGAAUAUCUGGUCUUGCCGCUAUUAUACUGUAGUUUUAUAAAAUGUGUUUAUGAUGUAAUUUUGUCGUAAUAUCACAAGGUUGUGUAAAACGAUUUUGAACAGUAAAUGUCGA